AUGCUGCCGCUGAGAGGUCUCGCAAAAUGGGCACCUUUCAAGAUCGACGCGUUAGGCUUAGUGACACUGCUAGGCGUUCGUGAAGUCGACCAGGCUAUCGGAAAGCUCACAUACCAUCGAUAUCUGGAGUUCUUGCCGCUUCUAGGGGCACAUGUUGUGGCUGGUAACGCCUACCUAAAGCCGAUACGCGGGUUCGAGCUGUACAACCUAACAGACGAAAUCAAAGCGACAGACGCUAGCGGCUGGUUUGCAAGGUGGAUUCUUGGGCACUCACGCAGAGAGGUGCAGAAAGCUAGAACGGUAAUCCGCAUAACAGAUGAGGAGUCAAAGAAAGAGAAGCCAGGAUGGGUUAAUCGAUCCAGUGUCAUGGGAGCCUUCGUGCUUUGCGUACUGGUAGUGCUUCCGGCACUUAUAGGUGAUUGGUGGGGUCUGUCAAACGGUAUUUUCAUUGCGACCUCAAUCGUAGUUCGGUGGUUUCUUCUUCAACAAGUACGAUCCGUGCUUGACCAGAUAAUCGACGACAUGAAGGAGAGAAAUGGGCAGAAAGUAAAGGUUCUCAUGGUUCUCCCAACGGGCUCUGCUGUUACGAUCUGCGCCACUCGCGGCAUCAUACUAGCGUUGCUGACAUCGCCGUCUCAACUUGCCGUCCGAUGCAUUGGUUGGGCUGCCUUUGUCGGCAAUGCGUUGACGCUUGGAUCGCCCAGUCUCUUUUACCAGAUGAUCUGUAUCGUCAUACAGGCUGUCGCCACGAUGCUCUAUACUUGGGGUCAUUGUGAAGAGCGGUUCGAAAUCGGUAGCCGGCUGAAGCUGGAGAUAGACAAGGAACCCCCAAGUAUCAUUGAAGAUAACCGGCAUACGGCUUAUGCGCGACUCAAUCUUUCAGAGACCGAAGAGAAUUGCAUGGUGACAUGGGCCCUGGCAUCACAGAGAGGGAAUGGAGGCUGGUGGCUUAAGUACUUUAAGAGGAAACACUUUCUAUUUCCCGAUGCCCAAGACGAUGGCUCGAAGUCUGCGGAAGGAGGCGCUGGAAUAGGCCCGCAUGGAUCAUGACUGGCUUCUAUGGACAAGCAAGACGGAAAGACACAUCAAUGAUGGAAAACGACAGGCGCGAGCUCGAGGUUCAUGAAGCGUUUUGACUAGAUUAAUGUAAAUAUGGGGCCAUAGUUUGUGUGUCUGUCGUCAAAGGUAUAGAAUGCAAAAAAAGUCCAAUCACUCGCCUGGGGUAUCAGCCACGAGCCUGCUUCUUUGAACCUGAAAUUUCUAUCGAGAGCUUGUGAUAUUUUACUCACAACCUCAACCCAGCCCUCUGCCACGACCUCUCAAACCUCGCC